AUGUCAAACACGACAAAUGGCGCCAAUGGCGCUUUCACGGAAUCUAAUGUCACUUCCGAAGUGGACAGAAUACUGAACAUGGUCAACGUCAAUGCCUUCAUUAAAGGGGACACAUCACAGGCACCAUCCGCAAAUCCCAAUGCACCAGCAGUCAGAGGGCCUGGUAGAAUGCUUGAAACGUCCCAAGUGCCAAAUCCAUCGGCAGUCGCACAGCCAGGGAUACCAGCAGUCACCUCUACCCUAGCCGAAUUCAUUGCCUCUGCAAGACCUUCACUCCUGAAUUCAACACUGCGAGAACAGCUGUCCGAAUGUAUACUCGAUUACCUGGCUGUUACUGCCGCGGGCGCAACACUCGCUCCAUCCUCAGAGCCCAUCCUGAAGGGUACCUUAGCGUUCAAUCACAAUCAUACUCUUCCCAAAGGCAGAGGCUGCACCGUCAUUACUCAGGGGCAAACAUACCCACCCCACAUCGCAGCCCUAUUCAACGCAACAUACGGACACAGUCUUGACUUCGACGACACACACGCUGAAUCCUCUUUACAUGCUGGAGUCACAGCCAUCUCCACCGCACUCGCAGAAGCAGAAUGCCAGCUCCGACGAAGUCAAAAUCAAUCCGCGAUAACGUCCGACGACCUCCUCCUUUCCAUCCUGCUGGGGUACGAAAUCACUAUUCGUAUCGGCAUCGCCCUAUCGACAGCCUCAUACUCACGAGGCUUCCACAAUACAUCUGUCGCAGGGAUAUUUGGCUGCGCUGCAGUGCUCUCUGUCCUCCGUCGUCUCCCCUCCUCAACUAUCGCCAACGCCUUCGGGCUCGCCGGUAGUAAAGCCGCGGGGUCAAUGCAAUACCUCGCCAAUGGCAGCCACAACAAACGUCUCCAUGCCGGUUUUGCUGCACACGAUGCGUUUCUCUGCGUUUCCCUUGCGGAAGCUGGAGUGAUCGGUGCUGACGCGAUCAUUGAGGGUGAUCUUGGUUUGUUGCAAGGGUACACAGACCGAGAUCGUGCAGAUGUCGACUGGGACAGGCUAAUAAGCAACCUUGGUACGAAAUGGGAAUUUCAAGAUAGCGCAUUAAAACCCUAUGCUGGGUGUCGCAUGACCCAUGGCUUUGUCGAGCUGGCUGACAGUCUAGGGAAGCACAUCCGAGAAGGCAAGUUUGCAGAUAAAGGCGUAAUCAGCAAUGGUACGCUAGAUGGGAUCAAGAAGAUCAGGUGUAUCAUGCCAAAAGCGAAUAUGAUCCUGGUCGGGCAGAAGAUACCUAACAAGGUCCACCCGGAAAAUACUGUCGAUGCUCAGUUUAGUGCAUAUUACCAAGUCGCAAACGCGGUCGUGUAUGGCGGGACGCACGAUAUGGCCGCGUAUGCUCCUGAGAGACUCAAGGACGAGCAGAUACGAGGACUGUGUGAUAAGGUUGAAUGUGUAGUUGACGAAAGCAUGAAAGGCAUGAGUUGUCGGAUGGACGUCUUCCUGCAGGACGAGGAUGGAAAUACUGUCGAGUAUGUCAGACGUGAUGUGCCUGAGCCUUUAGGUGAAAGAAGUCAUCCUUUCGAGAGGCAAGGCGUGGAGAAGAAAUUUCUCGGGUUGAUGGGUCAGGUGUAUGGGCAGGAUUCUGAUAGAGGAAGGAGGGUCAUGGAACGGGUCGAAGAUCUUGCGUCCAAGGAUGGCAAGGCUGAUGUGAAGGCUCUGAUGGACCUGCUGGCGAAGGGACCAGAUGCGACGGCGGCGCAAAUCCAAUAA